AUGUUAGCUAAGCUAGUAGAUGGUUACUACUUGUACUGCAGUGAUCUGCGAACUGAUCUGUUAGCAACUAAUGGGGUAUCUGCGUGGUCUUGUUCCAAUAGAGUUCCUAGUGAGGUGUUGGAGUGGUUCCGGUUAGGCAGACCUUUCUCUGGUUAUCAGAUUGAAGAGAUAGACUCUACGCUGUCAUUAAAGAUAAAGAAUUUACCUGAAAUUAUCUUGAAAUCAGCUGAGCCUGUCAAAGUUAUCCCUACUAUUCUUACUGAGCUUUCGUUGAGAGAAAACAAGAGAGAACUUAACGCCAAACAGGAAGCAGCUCGAAUAGCAAAAGAAGCCAAACGCAAGGAAAUAUUUCGUACCGCAACCCUUAAAAACGUAGCUCUAAAAGUAGCCUAUUUGGGUUGGAAAUACGAUGGUUUAGCUCGUCAGAUAAACACGAAUGAUACAAUAGAAGAGAUAUUACUGCGGGCAUGUGAGAAGUGUGCCCUUAUCUACACUGCCAGAGACUACAAGAUAACACGAUGUGGUCGCACAGACAAAGGGGUCUCCGCUUUCACACAGGUCAUCUCACUUUACCUCAGAUCUAAAACUGCGGAGGGUGAAACAGAUCCGGAGAAGGACUACGAUUACGUGACCCUGAUAAAUAAUGUUCUGCCUCCUAAAGUUAAACUGGUUGCGUGGGCGUAUGUCGGGCUGGAGUUUGAUGCGAGGUUUCAAGUGCUGUAUCGCUCCUACAAGUACUACUUUCCUAAGUGUGAUCUGGAUAUCGAGCUGAUGAGGGGCUCUUUGGAACGGUUUGUGGGGACUCAUAAUUUCAGGGGCUUCUGUAAAGCCGAUAGAACUUUAGAAAGUCAGAACUUUGAGCGGACGAUUACUUAUCUUGCUAUUGAUUUGGUAACUGAAGACCGUGAUGAUGAUAAAUUAUCUAUCUACUGUAUAACCAUAUUAGGGCAUGCCUUUCUUUGGCACCAAAUCCGUAACAUGGUGAGCCUUCUAUUUAGGAUUGGCCUGCAGUUGGAGUCCCCAAAAGUCAUCUCAAGUAUGCUUGAAACUGGUGUUAAGUACAACUACGGAAUGGCGUCUCAAAUACCUCUGGUUUUGUUUGACUGUGAGUUUGAAAAUAUAGAUUGGAACGAGGGCAGGAUAGAUUUAAGUCAGACUUGGUUUGAAUCUGUGGUGAAGACAACACUUAUCAAGCAGCUUAUGUCAACAGAACUGUUAUCUGUAAAGAAUAUCGGGGUACUUUGUGACACUAAACAACAGUCUAUCAUGAGCCGACCUUUUAUAACAUAACAUUAAUUAUUUAGAUACUGUACUUAAAUUAUUUUUAAAGGUUUUAAAUACAUUUAUUG